CAACGACACAAAUCCCAUGGGGGGUCGCCAAUUACUCUUUCGCAGCCUCAAGCAAGCAAUUCAUCCCACAAACAAACCUGUACCAGGAAUCGCCACCACCAUGUCGGGCCCCAUUCUGGAAGGCGUUCUCGCCAUCAACAAACCGCCCGGCAUAAGCUCAGCUCAGGUCAUCCGCGAUGUACAGCAGCAGUUCAAUCCCUCCAAACUAUUUCGACCAUGGCUCGAUCGCGAGAGAUCGAAGAUCGAAAGCGAAUCGCACAACCAAAGACAGAAACGCAAGGUGAAGGCGCGAAAGCUGAGAGAUGUCAAGAUGGGUCAUGGAGGAACGUUGGACCCGAUGGCGACUGGUGUGCUCAUUCUCGGCAUCGGCAGCGGAACGAAAGAACUAGGCCAUUUCACGACGGAAUGCACAAAAAGCUACGAGGCCGUAGUCUUGUUUGGCGCAGCGACAGAUACCUACGAUACAGAAGGCAAGAUCGUUGGGCGAAAGGCAUAUGAACAUGUUAGUCGAGAGAGGAUCGAGCAAGCUCUCGCCAAGUUUAGAGGCAAGGGUAUGCAGAAGCCUCCGAUCUUCUCCGCACUUCGAGUUCAAGGAAAGAGGCUGUAUGAGUAUGCGAGAGAAGGCAUACCACUACCGAAGGGCUUCGAAAUUCAAGAGAGGCCUGUGGACGUCACUGAGCUGGAACUCAUGGAAUGGUACCCGGGAGGCACGCAUAGCUGGCAUUGGCCUAGCCUCGAAGCAGAAAGCGCUGAAAAGGACCUCGCGAGACAGGCUUUGCCUGACCAGCUUGGCGGAACGAGUCCGAAGAGAGACGCGGCUGAAGAAGCAACUGGCGAAGCAGUGCUGAAGAGGAAGCGAUCUGAAUUGAACGAGGGCGAAGCGAGCACCACAAACGGGUCACUAUCGAAGCGAUUGAAAGUCGAUGAAGACGCGAGCAGUGACGUGUCAACACCUGACAUCAUGCCUGCCACAAUCAAGCGACUGUCCACGCAGGAGGGAGCGCAACCUGACACGGAAGUUGCUCAACCUCCCAAGGACGCAGAGCAGCCGGCGAGUUCAGACUCGAAAGCGGCUCUUGGGUUACAGAAUGAGGAAACGAACAAUAAGUCAAAGCCUUGUCCGGCUCCGGCGUGUCGGUUGAAAAUGACUGUCACUUCUGGCUUUUACGUCCGAUCUCUUGUUCAAGAUCUCGGGGUAGCAGUAGGCUCGCUGGCAUGCAUGUCAAGCUUGGUGCGCACCAGACAGUCUGAUUUCCAGCUCCCCACCAACGUCUUACAGUACGACGCAUUGCAGGCAGGCGAAGAUGUUUGGGGUCCGAAGGUACAGGCGCUGCUCGAAGAAUGGAACGAGAAGAAGAACGCGCGUGGCAGUAAGCCACAGGAUGAGCGGACAUCUUCCAAGGCUGCUGAUGCACAGACUGGCGAUGUCGAAUGAUAUGACAUACGGGAUCUCGCACCAGGACAAUUGGUGACCAUGAUUAGACUUCCGCCGGAAACUUGAUUGAUGAUCUCAGUAAUUCCCACAGUCCUAGUGGUCACGGUCUGGCCUGGUCUCAGCAAUCCUGUUCUUGGACUCGAACUAAAACGCGUACACUGUGGCACUGCUUGUGUACACUCGAUCGGACAGCUGCCGAGGCCACACCUUCGAAAAGGCGCCAAUUAAUUUUCCGGCGAAAGACUGCACGAUGCCAGUAAUGGAAAACUUCCGAGCAGUUGUACACACGGGCUCAAUGGCUACGAUAUCACAUCAGAAAUGUCAAGUUCGAGAUAUCUGGCUGCUCUCAUACAGCUAGCAUCACGAUGACUUUUGUUGGCAUCGUGAGAUGAUAUCCGAUAUCGUCCAUUGCCGACCCGAUGGACCUCUCCUCAUCACGGCUUAGCUAGUGCUCACUGCGCGAUGCACUGCGCGAUGCAGGCGUCGAAACUGCUAGCAUGCAGGACGCAUAAAUGUACUCCAGACAUGAUUCCAGGUCUUUCAAGCGCUGAAGUUGUUAAUGCAACGCAGCUCGCCGCCCAUGGUAGUCAGCAAGUGAUUUCAUCAGGCUCUUUUGCGGAGUCCCAAAUUGCAAAAUCGUUCUCGCGCGAGGGGACGACGACUAUUGGCAGAAAUUCCCCAGCAUCGAGGUGAUGGAGCUGACCUGCUAUGGGACCUAUUGUCCACUCAUAUCCACAGAGGUCCGAACUCACAAUUGUGGUUCUCAGCCACACAUCAAGGCGUACUAGACCCGUUCCUGCUUUCUCUAGCAAUCCUUCCGCUGCACAGGGUGCGUACAUUUGACUCCACGAUGCGUUACCGUCCCGCGCCGCGCACAAACGCGGCGAUGCGACAGAACGAUUGGUCGGACUUUCAUCCGGUUCAUCCUGGGGUUCAGAUCACUCAUGUGGCUCCAAGCAAGAGGCAAGCCCCUCCACUCCUAUACCGCGGUGC